UUCACAUACUUACAGACAGACUAUUUUCAUUUGUAAUCUGUGGAUGUGGAUAAAUUUUCUUCAAUUUUGUGAUCUCGAGUCGUCUAAAUGUCGGGAUAAAAAGUAAAACAAAUUUUUAUCGUAACACAAACAAUUUUACUACGAAAAAGAUAAAGGUUUCAAGUGAAGUUGUAAUCCAAUAUUACUAGUGGUUUGUGCAUCAAGUUCGGUGUAGCUUUUGCUAUUUUUUUCGAGAUGUUUUAUUACCACGGAGACUUUGAAUCGCAAUAAUUGUAAAUAUUUGCCAAUUCUGCUAUUUGCUGCGUGUGAAAUUUUAGCCGAAGCAGUGUGAGGUGUGUCGGCCAGGAUGACGAUGAUAGACGGUGUUGGUGAUGAAGUUGUGCAGUUUGUAGCUGUAGUACUGGUCGUCAUAGUGGCAGCCCUGGCCUGGUGGUCUACAAAUGCUCGGCCAGAUCGAUACCGAACUGUGCUUGUUAUGCGCUCUAGAACACUUCACCCGGUCACCGUUAGUAUCCGGACUAGAUCAAAUUUAAUGAUAACAGCAGCACCGACAUCCACUUCUAUAGCAUCCACAUCGGAUACGGCAAAUCCCAGUACCACAGAAGCGACAGACGAGAACAACGCGCGCGUGAUCCCUCUCCAAGAGAUGGACAGCAUAGUGGACGCGGACAUGGCCAUGUUGGACAACAACAGACUGCACUUCUACAGGAGAGUCGAUUCUGGAAAUACCACGCAGAGUGCAUCAGAAUCGACUAGCGACGAGAGCGAACCACAUGAAGAUGUAGAGCCGGCGAGCAACGCUCAGAUCAGGGAGAUGGACAGCAUCGUCAGCGCUAUGGAGGCUGACGUCACCGCCGGCUGUGACUUCUUCACUCGGGCUAGUGAAUCAAAUCCCUCAACAGUAAUACCGACAGCAGUGAAAAAAGAAAAUAAUAAAGAGAAUACACCAUCUACAGCUAAUUUAGAAAAACAAUCAGAAACUGUACAAACGACAGAUGGCGCCGGUGACGACACAAGUAAUCAAGGAACGGAAAGUGAAAGAAUAUUGAUCAAGUUGAAAUAUUUGAAUGAUACCUUGAAAGAGGUCGACGGAAGCCUCGAUGAGUUACUGAAAGAUUUUAAAUGGCGACAUUUCUCCACGGAACUGACAGCGGAAUGUCGAGUGCGUCUAAUCUUCAACGGUCGCGUACUACUGGACGACGCGGCCACACUGCGCGCCUGCGGACUACACGACCGGGCUGUAGUGCACUGUCUCGUACAUCCUAAACGGACUGCUAAUCAGCCACGUGGUAUGUCGGAAGAGGGUUCAGUGAACGCGACCCACGAACUGAUCACCGACAGGCCGCAGCCCGAGCGCGCCUGGGACCUCGAGAACAUUCUCAUGACACUCGUCUCUGUUGCACUAACCGUCGUCUGGUUCUUCAGAUGCGAAUAUUCGAACCUAUUCACGGCGAGUGCGAGUCUGGCGUUGUUCGGUCUGACAGUAUUCUACAGUGUGGCCAUCUUCGGGCUCUACCUGUCCGACACAUUCCACUUCGACCGCCGGCCCGCGCAGCCCGUGCCGGACAACUAGAGUACUAUAGUACUCAAGACACAAGCCCCACUUGUCUAACAUAACAUUUGUAAAUUAAGGAAGAAAUACAUUACAAUAGCGUGUCCUGGCUAGCCAAAUCCCACAAAAUUCUUAUGUGGAGCAACGUUCUUUUUUUUAAGAAAAUAAAUAGAAAUGCUUGCAGCCCAUUGGUGGUCACGACGCCACGCCAGAAUAAUGUAUAUCUGCCUUUAUACAUAUGCCGCCUUUUCUACUAUGUUCGUACGUUCGUAUUUACGCGUUUGGAUUCAAGCGUACGUGAGUAGCAUCGCGGCCACAUUGUCCGCGGACAAUAAAAACUAUUUUCU